GCCACUGUGAGGAGGUUGCACAGGCACAAUCCAGAAUAAACACACAAGCCCACUGUAGCAACAAUACCCUUGAAAGCUUGUCCCACCGAGUUAUGGGGGAAGGCCAGAAAGCCAUGUGCAAAUAUGGACAGAUGACUGAACUCCCAGAAUCCUCUUUUUCGGUGUCCCGAUGUCACUUGCAGAUGCACAAAAGUACAACUCCUCAGCCUGUGGAGGUGUUUGUGCAUUGUCUCAGGGCCACCAGAGACAAGGUUCCCAAGGGUCUCUACAGUGUCACUGUAGCCCUUCACAGCCAUCUUGGGGGUCAGUCACUUGCUUGGAAAAAUGACAAAGGGCUACAAGAGUGGAUGGCAUCAACUGACCCAAUUGAACACCAGGGUUGCUUCUACAACAUAAACCUUCAUAUCAACCAGAAUCUCUUCAUGAUCUUACCUCCAGCCUGUGAGAUUACCCCUUCCAUGGUCCUAAUGUUCCAACUGACUGCUUCACCAGGACAGAGUAGCUACAUGAAAUCUGCUCUGGCUUGGGGAGCAUUUCCUAUUUGCGGACCGAGCCUCGACCUGGUCCAAGGCAGGUACAAAACCCCACUGCUGAGAGGAGAGCCCAACAUGCAAGUGGACCAGUUUCAAAAAAUAGAAGCACUCAUCUCCACUGAUCUAGAUCACUGGCUGUGCAAUAUGUACUUUCAGAUAAGGAGACUCCCACCAGAAGCACCUGGGGCAUCAGAGUGCUUUGUCACCCAACAGAUGCGAUCUUUAAACGGCCCUGUCAUGCUCCACCGCCCUGUCCAGCACAGACAACUGGAACCCCAGGCUCCUUCCAGGUCCAAAGUUGAGCUACAGCCAAUCUAUCCCCAGCUGAACCAGUGCUAUGCCGGCCAUAACAAUAGUGCAGGAGAGCCCCCGCUGGUGCAAUCUCCCCAGGGCUCUCCCCUCCACCUGUCAGAUGAUUCUGCUUGCUCCUCAUCAUCUCUUCCAGGUAAGGAUCCUUCUCGAGGAGCCAAUUCUGGAAAUGGAGGAGCCAAGAGACAUCCUCAGAGGAAGAAUGAAGAAGAUGCCAUUCACUUGAAGAAGAAGCCAAUCAAGAAGACAAAUAGCAGCGGCCCCAGCAUGAGCGGCGGCGGCAGCAGCACAGGCAAACAAAAGAUGCAGCCUUCAGUGCAGAACCUUGACAUGGAGGAGUUGGAGAAGUACACAUUCUCCUUGCUACCUCCACAGGGUGUUUUUCCUCAACUGUCCAACCCAGUCCACUUGGCCCUUUCCAUGCUGCCAUCUGAGUUAGGCCUGAUAUUGCUGCGGCAACACCAUAACCAACAACAACAUCAACAACGUGGUAGCUGGCGGGACUCUGUUUUGCAGCUCGUCCUCAUUAUGUUGCUGCUGGCUUUGAUGUGGUUUGUGAGGCUCUACCUGCAUUACUGCAGCCAGUGGCUCUACCUUCAGGCCAUAGCAGUUCCUGUCAACAAAUUUCGAUUCCAUGCGCACACUGUGGACCUCGUGUACCAGAGUUCUCUGCUGCACACCCGCGAGGAGCUGGCCAUGGUGGUGGUGGGUCCCCUGACCUUGAAUGCAGUAAUGUUCCUGCUGGUUCUGAUCAGAUGGGGCUGUCAACAGAUAUUUGGCUCACUCCCUUCCUUCACGUCAAAGUUUAUCAUGGCUCAGGGAGUGUGGACAGUCCUGCACCCCCUGGCAGUCCUUGCAGUGGAUGCUGUCCUUGGGCAUCUAUCCUACAGCCCAGACAGACCAGUGGGGGAUGCUGCCAAACUUUUCUGGCACUUCCACAGAAUCGACCAAUCUGGCGCAGCUGGGGUGGCCAUCACUGUCUUCCUUUACGCAGUCAUCUUUCUUCUGUCCAUUACCAUCCUUGGCAUUUACUUGCUUAGAUUUCACAACAAUGGCCGCAUGCUGGACAUCUUCCAAAGGCUCACAGCCAAGGAAGGGACUUACUUCCUACCUCAAGACUUGGAGCUGUCCAAUCAGGAGCUUAGCUACAUCAUCAAGAAGGCAGAGCAAUGGAGGGGCUUUAACGGCGAGAGGCGCAAGGUGAUAGUCUAUGACUAUAUCUCGACGGCAGCAAACCCAUUGGCUGGUUCUGCAACCUCCAUAGAUGACCCAAAUAGGGAGCCCUCUCGCCUACCACAGGGAGGGACAACCACCCAUGUGGCCAUCUACACGCUCUACGUGAGCGGGCUCAAGCAAAGAUACAGACAUUUCCUCAGACAACCAGAUGGGACCAUCGUUGAGGUGAUUGGUGACCUGGAAGACUUAGACAAUGCAACCUGGAUGGCAUCCUUUGCAGGCCAGCGAUCAGGACCUCAGAGGACGCAUCAGGACAGCUCUGACAUCACCCACCUGUUAUCGAAAAGACGUGAGGUUUUUGGAUGGUGCCCUCGUGUUGUGCCAGUAGGAGGGAGCAGGUAUGACUCCAGUUAAGCACAAGACCCCAACCAAUAAGAAUAAAGCAAGGGGUGAAAAGGUUUGAACACUACACUCCUGUCACAUAACUCACUUUGACUUAGAGUGUGAAAUAUGUGUUUAGCUUUGUCAGUAUUUAUCAUUUUAGUGACCCAACCACAUCCAGGUAUGUAUCCAUGGAUGUAUAAAUCCAUUGAUCUCCUAUAGUGCUGCUCCUCAGAAGGGUAAUCGGAAAGAGAAUUUACAGUCUUCAAUGUUUUAUGUUAUUGGAAUGUUAGAAGAAGCUGUGCUAGCUGCAGAAAACCGACACAAGCAGAGAGAAUUUGCAGACUCCACACAAGAGCUGAGAUCUCUCAACUAUUUGCCAGAUAUUCUAACCGUUACCUCAUCAUAUGUGCUGCGAGUUCAGCUACCGAACAUCCUUCCACGUCCCCUUUUGGGCACCAAGGCUCUCACCGGCCAGCGAGAUUGUUCUUCAUUCCACCAUGGUUGACAGCAUCACUGACACCAGCACCUGUGACAGAGGCUUCCAACAGUGGUACCUUUUCUUAUGAAAAUAAUUAUUUCCCAAAGUCAUUUCGUAUUGUGAACUUUUCUUAAGUAGAAACGCUUUUGACAUGUAAAUAGUCUAAUCUUCUCCAAGAGCCCUCCCUGCCCCAAAAAAUAAGCAUUCAAAGUAGAUGAUUUAAUAAGAAUAAAAAUUUAUGUUCAUUUAUCUUUGUUGUUGGGUGACUAUGUGAAGAAGAGGGUGAGUGAGAAGCAAAAGGAAUUGUGGGGGAUGGAGAAGGAGGCAAACAUUUUGAGACCUGAACAUACAAAACAUACGUACGAAUGUACGUAUGCACACAACUUAAUUCCACUAAAGUUUCUUGGGGCCCGUUGUAAAGAAAGAUGCACAAACUUGCAAUAACACCAACAAAAAACUCACAAAAAAUUCUACUUUGCCAAUGUGCGCUAGCCGGUGACAGAGUCUGAUUCGGUGACACACGAAUGUUGAAGUGAAACGAAAUGGGUUAAUAUGGCUAAAGUUUGAUGUCCCUCCUAGCCAAUGGGAUGCCAGGAAGAUACGAUGGCAAUACUCAAUGGGAAAGUAGCUCUUUCACGCCACUUUCAAACCAACUUAUAGAAUGUUUACAUUCAGUGAAAUUUGGGGGCUGAGAAUCCAGUGCCUAUUUUUGCAUUUCAUAUGCAAUUUUUCUUCGCAACUAGAGACAAUGUUUUUCCGAGGAGGCGUUUCGUAACCUGAAGUUUUUAUUAGACAUUUGUAAGUACAGGUACCACUGCACUCACUCACCUUAUUCUUCUUGUCAUCUGAUUAUUGCAUACCACCUUUGAGUGUCUUGAGAAGCACUUUAGAAAUUUAAUGUAUGAUGAUGAUGAUCAUUAUUAUUAUGAGACAAAAAUCUUUAAUAAUUCCAUUAGAAACACAGGGGUAGUAUGUAUAUUUAAAUGUUUUAUUUUCAUCUUUUUAUUUUUUAUUCUUUUAAACAAAUCCCUUAACCUCCCUGCUGGUUCCGCUUCAGAUUCCCUUACACUGCGAAAUGAAACUCGCAUGUCGGUCUCUUGUCCUCUCAUGAAUUUUUGUGUUUAUAUGCACUCUAUGGAGACAUCAUCUACUCAAGCCCUGUAUGUGCACUUGUUCCCAUGUGCUUGACUGACUCACCAUUAACCCUUGGAUUGAAGAAAUGGCUGCUAGUGAAAGCUGUGUGAGGACGUCAGGACAAUCGUUUAAAAUCACUCAUGAGUAUGUUCACUGCGUAGUUCAUUGUUCCUUGAGCAAAUAAAUCACUCAUCGUUAGUAGUACUUUGCUCCUUAGUGGCUCACGAAGAAGUUCAAUGAACAAAUCACUCUGUAGUUCUUCAGUACAUCCGUACAUUCAGUUCGAUGAAGUCCCUCCCCUGAAUGAUUCACUCUUCACUUCUUCAGUUCUUGAAUACAUGAGUACACAAGCACAUUCUGUUCAUUUAAGUCCCUUACUGAACACAUCACUCUUCAAUUCUUCGGUACACCAGUACAUUUAGUUCAAUUAAGGCCCGCACCCACUUAUACACUGGCUUUGCAUUAGUGAUUUGGAAAAUAUUCAGAAGUGAGUGACAGAAACUUCAGCAGUUCCGUUUUGCCUCAGAGCUGACUCGCUCACAUAGCUUCUGCGCAUGUACUCAUUGUGACUACACUAAAAGCUCCCCAAUUAGCCAGCUAGCUAGCUGUAGACAUGGCUCUUAUCAGUUGUUGAAGAUUACAACCAGUGAAAGAGUCCAUUUUAACUUUGACCUUGACAGAGUGAGGAAAGAAAAACUCUCCUGUAUAGCGACACAAUUAAAACUCAUUUAUAGAGAUCGUGCACAUGACAUCAUCGUUUCCACAGACCCAUAUUGCCAGUCAAACAAAGGUGCUCUACAGUGCGGGAGUUGUUCAGCCGGAGCAGAUUUUUCACAAUGCCCGAGACCGUGUGUGUGCUGUUGGCUGUCACAAUUGACAAAACAGUUCUUCAAAUAGAUCAUUUUAUGGAAUAGCAGCUGAAAAGAUGAGAAAAGAUCGAUGGAUUUCAGGAUGGAUGGUGCCCAACAAAAUACACGUGCUUGUGUAGCAAUCAUUCCAUUUGAGGUACAAAUCAUUCUUCUCAAUCUCAUAUUAUCAAGAAGUAUUCAUAACGACAAGUUGACUCAUUUCUGAACAAUACGUAUUUAAAAAUAAGAUUAAAUCGUCUGUCACAGAGAGGUUUACAGAGGUAAGCGUGUGGCAGAAAUACGCUUCCGUGUACGGAGGCUCAAUUUUUUUUUCCAAUCGUAGUUAAUGAAUCCGAGUUUGUGUAAAACCAGCCAUUUAUUUAAAUAUUGGUACUGGGGCCUCCACUCCCUGAGAAGGGUUGCGUCAGGAAGGGCAUCCAGCGUAAAAAUUGUGCCAAACAUAUAUGUGCAUUCAUCUGAGAUGACACGCUGUGGCGACCCUGAAAGGGACAAGCAGAAAGUAUUGAAAAAAUCUAAGUGGGUCCAUUACUAUGUGGGAUUUAUUCUUGAUUGAGAAUAGAUCCAGCAAUUGUAUUGUAAAAUUAAAAGCAAUUGUAAAAGUAUUUGUAUGCGUCUAGACUGCAUUUUCAAACUCUUCUGUGUAAAUCUCGACAAUUUAUUCACCAGAUACAUGUGUAUAUCCAGUUGUCCAAGACAAGCGGAAGCGAAUUAACAGUCAAAUUUCUUUAUCGGUGAAAACAUCGACUUUGGCAUUAAAUAUCGAUCCUCUUUGCCAAAUGUCUCUAAUUUUUGUUUAUUAUCUAAAUGUUUAACGGUAUUGGACAAAAAACUCUGGGUGUCGCGCUAUAAGAUGUAUUUCCAGUUCGUCUCAACUUAACUUUCAACAAUGUUUUGGUUGACUGGCAAUAUGGUAGCGUAAACACAAAAUCACAUGAUUUUAUAAUGUAGGUGCACGAUUUCUAUAGGUCAAAAUGUGCCAGUAUAUGCUAUUACUGUUUUGAAAUAAAACGGCACUUUCAUCUGUUGGAUGACAAUUUAGGAAUAGGACAAGAAGAAAAACAAACCAAAUUGAUUUGAUAAUUGCUAGUUUACUGUAUGUUGUCAUAAAUAGCAAGUAAGGAAAAACACACCACUUCCAAGCCUUAGUAACUACAGUGAAGAAAAUAAAUAUUUGAACACCCUGCUAUAUUGCAAGUUCUCCCACUCACAAAUCUUGGAGGGGUCUGAAAUUUUAAUCAUAGGUGCAUGUCCAAUGUGAGAGAGAUAAUCUAAAAAGAAAAAUCCAGAAAUCACAAUGUAUAAUUUUUUUAAUGAUUUGUGUGAUACAGCUGCAAAUAAGUAUUUGAACACCUGAGAAAAUCAAUGUUAAUAUUUGGUACAGUAUCCUUUCUUUGCAUUACAGAGGUGGCAGAAAUGAAGAUGUUGAGGUUCUCACUUGGUCUGAACAGGUUGGAUAUGAUUAGAAUUGAGCUCAUUAGAGGAACAGCCAAAGUUGGAUGUUAUGGAGAUAAGGUGAGAGAGAGCAGACUUCGAUGGUUUGGACAUGUUCAGAGCCAAGAGAGUGAGUAUAUUGGUAGAAGGGUGCUGAGGAUGGAGCUGCCAGGCAAAAGAGCGAGAGGAAGACCAAAGAAAAGGUUGAUGGAUGUUGUGAAGAAGGACAUGAGGAUAGUGGGUGUUAGAGAGGAGGAUGCACGAGAUAGGCUUAAAUGGAAAAAGAUGACACGCUGUGGCGACCCCUAAUGGGACAAGCCAGAAGAGAAAGAAGAAGAAGAUUAUCGUUCUUACAGUGGACAUGCACCUCCGAUGAAUAUUUCAGACCCUUCCAUGAUUUUUAAGUGGGAGAACUUGCAAUAUAGCAGGAUGUUCAAAUACUUAUUUUAUUCACUGUAUCUUAUACUUCUAGACAUACACAUAAAGCUAAUUUGGGAAUUUUGCAAGGUGUAUUGACGCUGCAAGGAUCUUAUUGAUUACCAGCAGCUAAGUAACGUGCCUCCAACCUUGUAAUCCACCAGUGAAAUGCAUUUGUUAUCCAUUUCACUAACACGAAUAAUAUAAAAUAUCAAUAAAAUGUAAGAUUUUUAAUGAAAUAAUGAAAUUAGUUCAAUUAAUUUACUAUUUUAAAAUAGAACUCAGGUGAAGGCUCCUAUACAAAAAUUUGUACUUGAUGUCAUGUAUUCAUGUGGAAUGAAAUGCUGAAUGGACAAAUACUUUCAGAUAGCAAUGAUAUUUAUAUGCUAUAGACAAAAAUUAAACCCAAUUCCAAGUCGAAGAAAGACAUUUGGCAAAAACUUGUUCAUGCAACUUGGCAAAUGUAACAAAUGUAAAAGUUACUUAUCUCAAAUUAAGUAACUAAAACAUCACUAUUGGCUUCCCUAGCAGGUUAAUAAUCUAGCCAUCUUGAUUUGUAUUGAAUAUGUCUGCUAGUCAGUGCUUAGCGUAAUGAAGUGGCUCACAAAUCAGGCCAUAAUGGCCGGCUACUUACACAUAGUGCGUAAUUAAAGGCUAUGAUCUUAUUAGCACGUGUCACAGCCACGGUGCAAAGGGAUGAUGGGGAUCAGGGGUAGAUGUGGUAGAGGGCCAGUCUUUAAAGAUUUUAUAGAUUGCUAAUCUGCUGUGCUAAACUAAAGUGCAAUAACCUGACAGUUCUAUUUAUGGUGAUUCUCUCCCUUAUUGUGAGCCAUUACAUAACAUGUCCAUUUUGGGUGUUUGUAUGACACUACUUUGGCCUUUGUUGUCUAAUUCUCAACCUUCAAUGUAUUGACAUAAAUAAACAGAAACUCAGCAGCAGAAUCAUUUACAGAAGUGGUGUGGCUAAAAUGGUGUCAAGGCAUCACCAAACAUCCAAUCACAAUGCAGUAAUAUCAUCUGUUAUGCUCCUUGCUGUGGAGCAGCACAAUACCUAAGCAUCAUUCUCAGAAUUCAAAUGGUAACUUUAGAUGAAUUGCAUGAUUGUGUGAAUUUUGAGUCAAAUAUUUGCACUAAUCAGAAUCAGAAUCCGCUUUAUUGGCCAAAUGUGUGACAACAUAUAAUUAAUUUGUCUCCGGCAGUCGGUGCUGCCCUGAUACAACAUUCAGAACAAAGAACAAGCAAACUAAAAAGAACAAACAACAAGAGACAGGAAAAUAAAAAUAUUCAAUUUUAUGUUCAACAUUAAAUGGAGAACAAUGAGGAAAUACAAAAGUUGGAGUUUGUAUUUAUUCGUUAGUGUAGUUCUAGCAUUAAGACAUAUUGUUGUGCUAGACAGAAAAAAACGUUGUACGUCUUGUCCUUUGAGGAAAGCCACAUCUAAAAAAGCAAAAGUUGUCCCAAUUCAAGAACUUACAUUAGGAACAUUUAGCAAAGAUACUCCCUCCCACAGAAUAGAUGACAAGAUGUUCUUGCCAGUCUCCUUCUUAUACCUUCAUCACUCCUCACGUAUCAUUUGUCAUACCAAGUUAGAUUCCCCCCCUCCUUCCGCAAUGAUAUUGCCAGCAACACCCUAGUCUCUACCUCACUGUUCUGUUUGUUACAGUUUGGUGUAUGAGCACUUUUUGGAAUAUCAAUUUAACCCUCUAUCUGGCUGUAUUUUAUGUAUGUCUGUGAUUAUGGGUGUAAGAACUUAAACUGGUGAGAAAGUCCAACUUAUUCUGAGGGAGUUCAAUGUAAUAACAAGGGACCUUUGUGAAAACUCCAUCAUAUUGCUGUCAUUUUUUAUUUGUGUGUUAAAUUUGUAUUGCAUCUAUUGUAGACAUUUUAUUAAUUAGUGAUCUGCAAUUUGGAGAAAAUUUCAUGAGCGUGUAUUCCAACUGAAUUUAGCCAGAAUAUUAUGCGAGUUUGACAAUAGUGCAG